AUGCUGCCUUCGCACCAAGCCUCCAAAAUCUACCAUGACAACUACAUGCGCAACUCCAGGGCCAUCGGGGUCCUGUGGGCCAUCUUCACCAUCUGCUUGGCCAUCAUCAACGUGGUGGUCUUCAUCCAGCCCUACUGGAUUGGGGACAGCGUCAGCACCCCGCAAGCCGGCUACUUCGGCUUGUUCCACUACUGCGUGGGCAAUGGGAACUCCGACCGCGAGCUCUCGUGCCAGGGCACCUUCUCCGACUUCGCCUCCAUCCCGUCGGGAGCCUUCAAGGCGGCCUCCGUCUUCGUGCUGCUGUCCAUGGUGCUGAUCCUCGGCUGCAUCGGCUGCUUCGCCCUCUUCUUCUUCUGCAACACCGCCACGGUGUAUAAGACGUGCGCCUGGAUGCAGCUGUUAUGCGCCGUUUGUCUGGUGAUCGGCUGUAUGGUCUUCCCAAACGGCUGGGACUCGGAAGUGAUCCGGGACAUGUGCGGGGAGGACACCGGCAGGUAUGCCCUGGGCAACUGCUCAGUGCGCUGGGCCUACAUCCUGGCCAUUAUUGGCAUCCUGGACGCCCUUAUCCUCUCCUUCCUGGCCUUCGUGCUCGGCAACCGACAGAGCGACUUCCUGCAGGAGGAGCUGAAGGCUGACAACAAGGAUUUUGCUGUGUCAAGGAUUGAAAUCCGGGACAGCAGGGAUCCAAGAUUUGGAGUCCAGCGGUUCCACUGA